AUGUAUGGAAAAGGAAGUGUCACUGAAGAAUUAAUUAAAAGUUUUCCACCAGGAGGAAACAGUUAUGAGAAAGCUAUAGAACAAUUGAAAUUACGUUACGGCCGAGAAGAAUUACUUAUACAAGUGUAUGUUAGAGAUCUUUUAUCAUUGGUUCUUCAAAAGCAGAAUAUGCCGAAAAAAUCUCUAAGAAAUCUUUAUGAUUUAUUGGAAACAAAGCUCCGUGCGCUUGAGAUAUUAGGAGUAACAAGGGAUAAAUAUGCGGCGAUGCUUUUCCCACUUGUUGAGUCUGCUUUACCUGAGGAAACACUUCUAGCCUGGGAACGGUAUAGAUCUACAAAUCGUAAAUCACAUGAUGAGGAAAAUCAAAAUAGUAAAACUACUACAAAAACUGAUCUAGAUUCAAUUCUUGAGUUUCUUCAAGAUGAAGUACAAGCAGAGGAACGUAUAAUUUUAGCCUCACAAAACUUUGGAUUUGAUACCAAGCCUAAUUUUAAAUCAUUCAAGGAGAAAAAGGCUGCAAAUAAUAAACACAAAUAUGGGGACACUCGUCAAAUAGCUAGUGCAGCUGAUCUUUUAACUUCGUCGAAAGAACAAAGACAGUGUAUAUUUUGCCACAAUUUACAUAAUUCCACUGACUGUUUGAAGGUACGGAAAAUGCCGAUGAAGGACAGAGAGAAUCUUGUUGAGAAAUCAGGUUGUUGUUUCCUGUGCUUAAAACCGGGUCACCAAGUUCGUAAAUGUUAUUCAAAAGUAACUUCUUUAGGCUGUGGAAAAAGACAUCACAUUAUACUCUGUCACAACGUAAACCAACGAACAUCUUUCUCUACUGGAAAAGAAACUGCAGAAGUAGAUAGUCUUCAGAAUGGUGAUCAAGCGCUUGCAAAUGUAUCCAAAAGUCCUAGUGUUAUGCUACUAACCUUAACAGUUUUCAUCAGAGGUGAUGCGAGAAAACGGAAGGCAAGAGCCAUCAUAGACACUGCUUCGCAGCGCUCUUACGUUUUAAAAAAUACUGCUAGAGAGAUGAAAUAUAAAAGGGAAAGCUGGGAAUAUCAUCAACAUUCUCUGUUUGGUGGAGAAAAUACAGGAGUGUGCAAGCACGAUGUGUUUUUACUGAGUCAACCUGUUAUCUGUGAAAGUGUCCCACCGACAAUUCCUGCAAUUCAUUUAAAGGAACUUAAUGACUAUGGUAUUCAUGUGAACGAUGAUUAUGACGGUCCUUUCGAAAUAUUAAUAGGAGCUGAUGUAGCUGGAAAACUCAUUACCGGUGGUUGCAAAUCUUUAUCUUGUGGCUUAACAGCAAUGGAAACACGUUUAGGAUGGACCAUUAUGGGACGAAUACCCCAGAUUUUUUCAAAAGAAAAUGGAAUCUCAGUUGCUAAUUCUAUGCUUUCUACUACUAGAACAAUAACAGAAUUGUGGACUCUUGACUCCCUUGGAAUUACUGAUCCAUCGGAUAGGAAAACUAAAGAAGACUUGCAUGAAUCCGCCAGAGAGCAUUUUCUUAAAACAGUUCAGGUUGACAAAGACAAUCGUUUUGUGGUACAUUUACCAUGGCUGGAAGAUCAUCCUCCACUGCCUGACAAUUUUAAUUUGGCUUUAAAGAGACUGGACAAUACUGUACGAAAGUUAAAAGAAGAAAAUCUGUAUGACGAUUAUAAUCAAAUAUUUGAAGAAUGGGCAAGAGAGGGUAUAAUUGAGGAAGUUCCUAAGCACGAGAUUCAUUUGCUGGCUCAUUAUUUACCCCAUAGACAUGUCGUGAAAGAAAAUAGCACGACGAGAAUCAGACCUGUGUUCGAUGCUUCGGCGAAAGUGAAAGCCUCCCCCAGCUUAAAUGAUUGUCUGGAGAAAGGAAUAAAUCUUGUAGAAUUGAUUCCUACUCUAUUAACGAGGUUUCGGAUGAACAAGUUUGGAGUCACAGCAGACAUCCGUAAAGCUUUUUUACAAAUUCGCCUUAAAGAAAAUGAUAAAGAUUUUUUAAGAUUUCUUUGGUAUAACGAAAAAAAUGAGCUGAAAUACUUUAGACACUGCCAUGUCGUCUUCGGAAUUUGUAGUAGUCCGUUCUUGCUUAAUUCUGUAAUCCAGUACUAUCUAGAAAUGAUUUUGGAGGAAGCACAAAUGGGUAACUCAAAAUAUCCUGCUGGUGUAGAGAAACUGAAAAAUAGUUUCUAUGUGGACAAUUGUCUAACUAGUUUACAAACUGAGACUGAGUUACACGAGUUCAUUCAAGUGGCUAAAGAUGUUAUGCUAGAAAGGAAGCUCGACCUAAGAGGGUGGGAGCAUAAUUAUUCCCACUCCUCAACAGAAGAGGUUUCCUGUGUGACAAAUAAAAUUGUCCCAGUAUUAGGCCUGCAAUGGUCUUUAAACUCGGAUACACUUUCUGUAAAUUUAAAAGAAGAUUGUGAAGAUAAUGGACCUGUUACUAAAAGGAAAAUACUAUCAGAAGUCCAUAAAAUUUUCGACCCUAUUGGAUAUACUUGUCCAGUUACCUUAUACCCGAAAUUGUUGUUACAAAAACUGUGGCAAAUGAAAAAAAAUUGGGAUUCCGAAUUGCCAACAGAAAUCUCUAAGAAGUUCAAAAGGUGGAGAAAUCAGUUGGGUCUACUUAGGAAAAUUGUUAUCCCUAGAUGUUUAAUAAAAGAUCCUGAUAAUGUUGGCAGUUUAAAUAUACACGUGUUUUGUGACGCAAGCAAAACAUCUUAUGCUACCUGCAUAUAUUUAAAAAGUGAAAGUAAAAACUUGACUUCAUGUCAGUUGGUUCAAGCACGGAGUAAGGUAGCUCCGCUGAAAGCUAUUACAAUUCCUAGACUAGAGCUGUUAGCUUGCUCUAUUGGUACCAGACUGGUGCAAAGAGUUAUUGAAGAUUUAAAAGUAGGAAAUAUUCCAGUUUUCUUUUGGACUGACUCCAGUACCGCCUUGUGUUGGAUAAAAGGUAGCGAAAACUGGACACCAUUUGUAUAUAACAGGAUACGAGAAAUUAGAUUGGCGAGUAAACCCGAAAAUUGGCAUUAUGUACCUGGAUCGAUCAAUCCGGCGGAUCUACCAUCCAGAGGUUGUUCCGUUCGACAGCUCUCGGAGACAGAGUGGUGGCAUGGUCCUCCUUGGCUCUAUUACCCAUCUGAUAAAUGGCCUAGAUCUGAAUUCUCCGUAAAUGAAGAAGAAGUGUUGAAAGAAAAGAGAAAGGAAAUAGUAUCAUCUAUGGUGAGCCUUCAAAAAAACUGA